AUGGCAUCCGCCUCUAACGCGUACAAGCACGACAAGGCGCUGCAGGCGGCGCACCAGCAGCAUCUCAAAGCGCUCCUCCGCGCGCCGGGCAACGACUCCUGCGCCGACUGCGGCGGGCGGUUCCCGCGCUUCGCGUCGGUGUCGCUGGGCGUGUUUCUGUGCAACCGGUGCUACGGCAUCCGAAGCAUCGGCGUGCACGUGACGCGCACCAAGUGCGUCGAGCUCGACGCGUGGAGCGACCGCGAGGUCGCCGCCAUGCGCGCCAUGGGCAACCGACGCGCCGCCGCCAUCUGGCAGGGUGAGCGGUGGGCUGUCUACGAGGGGGGAGCGUGA